ACGGCGAACCCGCAGGACGUCAUUACGAUGGCUUCCGCCCCGUCGCCUUCCCGUCUGUCUCCUCCGCCGGUCCCGAUGGAGCUCAACGUCGCCAACCGGCAAAAGCUCCUCUCUUCUCUUCGCCGCCACCUCUCCGGCUCUUCUCGUCCGCUCCAAGGCUUCGUCUUUCUCCAAGGAGGUGAAGAGAAAACACGAUACGACACUGAUCACAUCGAACUCUUCAGGCAGGAGAGUUACUUUGCUUACUUGUUUGGAGUUGUGGAGCCUGGUUUCUAUGGAGCCAUAGACAUUGCAUCUGGGAAAUCUAUUCUCUUUGCGCCUAGGUUACCUGAUGAUUAUGCUGUUUGGUUGGGAGAGAUAAAACCAUUAAACUACUUCAAGGAAAAGUAUAUGGUUGAAAUGAUGUACUACACUGAUGAAAUUGCAGAAGUUUUACAAGAUGUUUACCAGGAAUCCCAUAAACCAUUAUUGUUCCUCUUGCAUGGGCUGAACACUGAUAGUAAUAAUUUUUCAAAACCAGCCGAGUUUCAGGGGAUUGAUAAAUUUGAAACUGAUUUGACUACCUUGCAUCCUAUUUUGACUGAAUGCCGUGUCAUAAAAUCAGACUUGGAGCUUGCUCUUAUCCAGUUUGCUAAUGGUAUUAGCUCUGAAGCACAUGUUGAGGUCAUGCGAAAAGUUAGGGUGGGCAUGAAAGAGUACCAGCUAGAAAGCAUGUUUCUUCACCACACCUACAUGUAUGGUGGAUGUAGGCAUUGCUCAUACACGUGCAUAUGUGCUACUGGUGGGAACAGUUCUGUUCUCCAUUAUGGGCAUGCAGCAGCUCCAAAUGACAGGACUUUAGAAGAUGGAGAUAUGGCUUUGCUUGAUAUGGGUGCCGAAUACAACUUUUAUGGUUCUGACAUAACUUGUUCCUUCCCUGUGAAUGGGAAGUUUACUUUCGAUCAAUCACUUAUAUAUAACGCUGUCCUUGAUGCUCAUAAUGCAGUCAUAGCUUCAAUGAAACCCGGAGCAUGUUGGGUUGAUAUGCACAAGUUAGCUGAAAAGAUUAUUCUUGAGUCACUCACUAGAGCUGGCAUUCUUGUUGGCAAUGUAGAUGACAUGAUGUCCGAACGAGUGGGUGCUCUUUUCAUGCCUCAUGGUCUGGGGCAUUUUCUUGGCAUCGACACACAUGACCCUGGUGGCUAUUCAAAGGGAUUGGAGAGGCCAAAAGAACCUGGACUAAAGUCACUACGCACAAUAAGAGAACUCCAAGAGGGAAUGGUGAUAACAGUGGAGCCUGGUUGCUACUUCAUUGAUGCUCUUUGGGUUUCCGCUAUGGAAAAGUCAAACAUUGCAAGGUUCUUAAAUCAUGAAGCAAUUAGGAGAUUUAAAGGUUUCGGUGGAGUUCGAAUUGAGAGUGAUCUGUAUAUCACUGCCAACGGCUGCAAGAAUAUGACGAAUGUUCCCCGAGAAAUACACGAGAUCGAAGCAGUAAUGGCGGGAGCACCGUGGCCGCUCGACAAAGUCUCUAUUUAUUCAGCAGUAAACGGUGAAGAGAACAAGUCUGGCAACAUUUAGUGUGCUUGUUUAUGAAGCAGAGAUAUGCUGUUUCCAGUAAUCCUAUUUCGUAAUUCUGGUUUUCAUAACUAAAAGAAGAUUUCUGACUGGUGUUGUCGAAAUCUUGAGGUGAUGGAGAUUGUAAAUGCCAGACAUGACUUUCUUUGGUUAUUCGGAAAUAAACAUAUAUCUUUAUAACCGUUUAAUA